UGUUGCAAUAUUAAAUGCAGAAUCUAUGCUUAGUGAAUCAUUUUUGGCCUGAUCUAUCUUUCUGUGGGGAGGCUCAUCCCAUUGGGUGUCAGGAGACUGCUUCCAACUGAGGGUGGGGAGGAUUCUUCUACUGGCAAAGAUGACUUGCUAGACUUGAUGGACUCAGUGUCCCCAGCCUCGUCAGGGUUUCCCCACACAGCUCUAUCACAAUGUACAGAAUCCCAUUCUUUCCAAGUCAGCCCCUUCAUUUUAACAGGAAACACUCUAGUGGCAGAAUUCAACUUCUAGUCUAAUUCAACCAGUUGCAGGUUGAGCAUUUGCAUGUGAUCAUUAGCAAUCUCAACCCAGUAUCUACAGGAGAUAAGUGUCUGCUUAUGAUUACACACAGAAUCUUUUAUGUCUUUUACUGUAAACUGAGCUAAUCCUUUUCUUUCACCACUCUUUCCAACUACAUUUGGAGCAACCAGAAAGCUCCUCAUAUCUAUUGGUGUUCCAAAAAUGUUCAAAAGUAUCAUAUACACAGUCACAGAACACCUUGCACCCAGGAGUUCUUUUAAGUGGUUCAUCAGGCAUAUCCAAAGGAGAUAUUUUCCAUAUAUCUAUUGCCAUAGACUAUCGAUGCUGUCUUUACUAUAGAGUCGUUAGCAACUUUAAACCUAAUCAGAUUACAGAGCUAAUUCUGGAAACUCCAGAAGCAUUUGAGAAAACUCAUUUUUUUAAAUUGAAGUAUAGUGGCUACACAGAACUGUAUGUUACAGAUGUGCAAUAUAGUGAUUUGCAAUUUUAAAGGUUAUACUCCACUUAUAGCUAUUACAAAAUAUUGGCUAUAUUCCUCAUGUUUUGCAAUAUAUCCUUGUAGCUUAUUUUAUACAUAAUAGUUUAUACCUCUUACUCCCCUAUUCCUAUCUUGCCCCUUCCUCCCUCCCUCUCCCGACUGGUAACCACUAGUUUGUUCUCUGUGUCUGUGAGUCAGCUUCUUCUAUGUUAAUGUUCGGUUUUUGUUCAGGUGCUCAGUCAUGCCCGACUCUUUGUGACCCCAUGGACUGCAGCAUGCCAGGCUUCCCAGUCCUUCACCGUCUCCCAGAACUUCCUCAAACCCAUGUCCAAUGAGUUGGUGAUGCCAUCCAACCGUCUCACCCUCUGUCCUCCCCUUCUUCUCCUGCAUUCAAUAUUUCCCAACAUCAGGUUCUUUUCUAAUGAGUCAGUUCUUUGCAUCAGGUGGCCAAAAUAUUGGAGUUUCAAUGUCAGCAUCAGUCCUUCCAAUGAAUAUUCAGGACUGAUUUCCUUUAGGAUGGACUGGUUGGAUCUCCUUGACAUCCAAGGGACUCUCAGGAGUCUUCACCAACACCACAGUUCAAAAGCACCAAUUCUUUGGUGCCUAGCCUUCUAUGUGGUCCAACUCUCACAUGCAUGCAUGACUACUGGAAAAACCAUAGCUUUGACUAAACAGACUUUUGUCAGGAAAGCAAUGUCUCUGCUUUUUAAUACGCUAUCUAGGUGUAUCAUAGCUUUUCUUCACAGGAGCAAGCAUCUUUUAAUUUCAUGGCUGCAGUCACGAUCCACAGUGAUUUUGGAACCCAAGAAAAUAAAGUCUGUCACUGUUUCCAUUGUUUCCCCAUCUAUUUGCCAUGAAGUGAUGGGACCAGAUGCCAUGAUCUUCGUUUUUUGAAUGUUGAAUUUUAAGCCAGCUUUUCCACUCCCCUCUUUCACCUUCAUCAAGAGGCUCUUUAGUUCCUCUUCAUUUUCUGCCAUAAGGGUGGUGUCAUCUGAGGUUAUUAGUCUGUUUUAUUUUUUAAAUUCAACAUCUAAGUGAGAUCAUGCAGUAUUUGUCUUUCUCUGUCUGACUCAUUUCACUUAGCAUAUUGCCCUCCAAGCCCAUCCGUGUUGCUACAAAUGGCAAAAUGCCAUUCAUUUUUAUGUCUGUGUAGUAUUCCAGUGUGUGUGUGUGUGUGUGUGUGUGUGUGUGUGUGUGUGUGCGUGCGUGCACAUGCGUGCAUGCACCACACAUUAUUUAUCCAUUCAUCCAUUGAUGGACACUUAGAUUGCUUCCAUAUCUGACAAUUGUAAAUAAUUCUACCGUGAACAUUGGAGAGCAUUUAUCUUUUCAAAUUAGUGUUUUUGGGUUUUUUGGAUAUACACCCAGGAAUUGAAUUGCUGGGUCACAUAGCUCAAUUUUAGUUUUCUGAGAAACGUCCCUACACAGUGACUGCAUCAAUAUAUGUUCCCACCAACAGUGCACAAAGAUUCCCUUUGUGCCACAUCCUUGGUACCAUUUGUUAUUUGUGUUCUUUUUGAUGAUAGCCAUUCGCACAGGUAUGAGGUGACAUCUCAUUGUGAUUUUGAUUUCCAUUUCCCUGAUGGGUUAGUGAUGUUGAGCAUCUUUUCAUGUGCCUGUUAGCCAUCUGUAUAUCUACUUUGGGAAAGUUUCUAUUCAGUUUUUCUGCCUAUUUUUAAAGUUUCUUUUUUUCUGACUCUGUUUUUGAGCUAUUUAUAUAUGUUGGAUAUUAACCCCAAAUCAAUUACAUGCAAUAUUUUCUCUCAUUCAGUAGGUUCUUUUCAUUUUUUCAAUGGUGUCUUUUGCUGCACAAGAACUUUUAGGUUUAAUUGAGUCCCCAUGCUAUACUAAGUCGUUUCAGUCAUGUCUGACUCUGUGCAACCCUAUGGACUGUAGCCUGCCAGGCUCCUCUGCCCAUGGAAUUCUCCAGGCAAGAAUACUGGAGUGGGUUGCCAUGACCUUCUCCAGGGUAUUUUCUCGACCCAGUGACUGAAACCUCAUCUCUUAUGUCUUCUGCAUUGACAGGCAAUUUCUUUACCAGUAGUGCUACCUGGGAAGCCCAUUUGUUUAUUUUUGCUUUUAUUUCCUUUACUUUUGGAGGUGGAUCCAAAAACAAUGCUGUUGUGAUUUAUGUCAAAGAGUGUUCUGCCCAUGUUUUCAUCCAGAAGUUUUGCAUAUUCAAUCUUCUUAGGUCUCAAAUCCAUUUUGAGUUUGUUUUUGUAUAUAGUGUUAGAUAAUGUUCUACUUUCAUUCUUUUACAUGCAACUGUCCAGUUUUCCCAGCACCACUUGCUGGGGAGACUGUCUUUUCUCCACUGUAUAUGUAUUCUUGCCUCCUUUUUUGUAGAUUAAUUGACCAUCAGUGCAUAGGCUUGUUUCUAUGAUUUCUAUCCUAUUUCAUUGAGCUGUAUGUCUGUUUUUGUGCCAGUACCAUACUGUUUUGAUUGCUAUAGCUUCAUAGUAUAGUCUAAGGUCAAGAAGCUUGAUUCCUCCAGCUCUGUUCUUUUUUUCUUUUUACUUUAUUUGAUAGUGUCUGGUCUUUGUUGUGGCACAUUUUUGUUGUUGCACUCUCUUCACUUUCUCUGGUCAAUAUCUUACAGUUUUCCAAGUACAGGUCUUUUGCCUCUUUAGGUAGGUUUAUUUUUAGAUAGUUUAUUCUUUUUGAUGCAGUCAAAUGGGAUUAUUUAAUGGUAAAUGGGAUAAUAUCCUGAAGUUCUCUUCCUGCUAGUUGCUGUUAGAGUAGAGAUGCAAACAGAUUUUUAUAUAUUAACUUUGUACACUGAAACUUCACUGAAUUCAUCAAUGAGCUCUAGUAGUUUUCUGGAACCAGGAUGCUAGGUGUUCUCUCAACCAGAACAAAAGGGAACCUCAAGCUGCCACCGGCAGCCGAGGGGAGCAGGGGUGGGUGAGCAUCUCUCAGGAGAAUGCAGGGGCAUCCAGGACAUACAGAGAGGAAAGGGCAGGCGAGGGAUUCAACCAUUGGCAGGGAGUGCCCUGCGACAAUCCUGAUAGCUGAGGAGGCAGCCGAGAGUGUUUGCAGGGUCCCAGACAGUCUAAAAUGGAACUUGGCUUUUUAGGGGUCUGAAGCAUCCCUGGAUCACAUGGGAGGGCACUGAAUAGGGCUUUUGUCUACAGGAAACACUGGGCAAUGCUAUCUAGCUCACCCAAGCUGUGUCUAGAGAGAUUUAAUUCAGGUGGUGUGUCAGCCCCCAGUUUGCAAGAAUCGACAAGGAAGCCCACCCCUCGCUGGUGACCGGAGGCUUCCAGCAUGGAGCCAAGGUCCAGCGGGAGAUCAGAGCUUACGCACCUUAGAUGCAGACUUGCUGUUGGACACAACACACUUCCCUGUAACUACAUGGCAGACAUACAUGUCAGGAAACUCGCCACCUCCUGUACCUCCCCUGAGUCCUCAGGACCCUGUGAGGCAGGUUCUCCUAGGAUUACCUGUGUGGGGAAGCGGAGGCUCAGAGUGGGUGAGCCAGGCAACUAGGGGUCAGCAGGGCAGCGGUGCCCGGCUUGGCAUCUCCUCACCUGAGCCUUCUCUGUCACCCACUGGGCCGGGCGUCUGGGCCCCGGAUGGCUGACGCCUCAACAUCAGAGGCAUUUCUGAUUCUGGAAGUCUCAGGAAGAUCCUCAACCCCAGGAGCAGAGUGAGGGUGAGGGGCAUUAGUAGGGUGGGCCGCCUGUGUGGGCUGCCCUGCACGGCCUCCUCUUUGAUGCUAGAGCACCAGGCCCCAGAGCAAGAUGGCAUCUCUCAAAGCCUGGAUGCAGAGCCAGAUGGAGGUCGUGUGGACGGUGGUCACAGGAAAGGGAUCCACACUGUUGCAUGACGGCCCAGGGAGACUGCCCCCGCCUGAAUGCCUGGGGCUGCAAUAUGCAGAGCAAGGCUGGCCUGGGGUGGACAUGGUCAGGCUGUGGAGCCCAGAGGACGGCAGCCUGUCCUCCUUCUGUGUCCCUGGGACUUCACCUGUCACCUCUACAGCCCCCACCCUGGGGCUCCUGCAGACCAAUGGCAGGGCCCAGACAGGGUCUGUGUUGGCGACCGGAUGCCCGGCCAAUGACAGUGCACAGAGGACUGGGUGGCUGUACCCCUGACCGUGGACCCCCAGCCUGGACGAGGCUGUGCUUGAGCACAAGGGUGCCAUGCAGAACCCUCAAGGCACCUGUGAACACAGAGGAGGGGCUGACUUUGAGGAUCACACAUCUGUCGGUGCGCGUCUGCCCAGACCUGGGACUCCAGGACCAGAAGACUGUGUCCACUUUGCACGAGUGCUUGGUCUGAGACUUCACCCUCAUGCACAAGUGUCACGGUGUCUGCUGUCAUUACGAGCAUGGACCAGGAGACUGACAUGCUAACCAGCCUGGGUGCAGCCAGCCAUUUAUUAAGUCACUUAAUGACUGCCUUGUGAUGUCAACCCUGAGCAAGCAGAUGCCUCUGGUGAGGGGCCGAGCGCUCUUGUGAGCCUGGACUGCUCCUGGCCACUGCACUGUCCAAUUUCCAGGAAGGAGGGACGCACCACCCUCCAUGUGGCUGUGGACAAGGAGGGCCCCACAAUGGACGGGAUGCCCGGCGUCUGGGGGACUCCCUUUCUUCCAAACACAGGGCCUCUGGCCCUGGGCUCAGGAAGCUGCACCCCUCCCUGCGGACCUUUUGGUCGCCCUGGCCCUGCCUGUGCCCACCACAGCUUCAGGCUGCUGCUGGAAGAGAGCACUUUCCAGGCUUUGAGGGAAGAGCCUUUGUUGAAGAGGCUGCACACCGAGUGUGCUGCCCUGCCUGGGGGAGAGGGCAGCCUCCUCUCCCUCCCCUUUCCCAGGAAGCGGUGGACCAUCGUCAACAGUCACCACUUUGUGUCCAUCUGGUGGGAGGAGGGCGGCACUUGUGUAGGCAUCAGUGAGGAGCUCUUUGAGGAAAUUUUGGAGAGGGUUGGCUCAGACAAGGUAUUUGAGACAGACUGCAUGAAGAGCUUCGUCUGCCAGCUUAGCUUGUAUGGAUUCAGCAAAGUGUGCGAGGAUAUGCUCGUCUCCCUCUGCCUGACCAACCUGCUCAUGGAGGAGCUGCCUGUCUGUGUCCUGAGCAAGUGCAGGGAAGCACAGGUCCUUUCCUGGGAAGCAUCCUGCUCAGCUGAGGAAGUGCAGGCCAUGGGUCGACACCUGCACAGAAAGCAGAGAAACUUGUGCAGUCUGCCUGCUGCAAAUGCCAAGUCCCUUCUCUGGGCCUUGUAUGGAUACUCUUGGGCCACUCUGAUUCAUUUUCCAAGGUCGAGAGGUGAUGGUGAGUUAAUGAGUCCCGAGGAUGUGCAAGCUGGGACACUGCCUCCUGUGGGACAGGGACCUGCUUUCUCCAUGAGGCCUGGGGAUGGCGGGGUGAGGGCACCCAGGGGCCUAGCCAAGAGGGUGCUGGUUUCAGUAAGCCUUUUGACACUCGGACUUGCUAUUCUCUCUCUCUCUCUCUCUCUCUCUCUCUCUCUCUCUCUCGGUGAACCCCAGUUACAGUUCUGCUGCAGUCCCCUGUUUGAGAGAGAGCCAUACCUCCUGGGGAAGAUGAAGAGGAGAGGGGGCAUUAAGUCUGCAUCUCGGCAGGUGGAGGGCAGGCCGGCAGCCCUGGGCGUCCCUCAUGCGCCCAGCACUGCGCAGCCACAGGACGGCCUGUCACCCUGCCCUGAGGGUGCCCAGAGGACCGUGAGCCACCUGGAACUCACCCCUGCCACUGCCCUGGCCGGGACCUACGCUGUCCCUGCUGCUGGUCCAGGGAGGGCGGCCCCACCCUCCUUGUUGGGUCCUGAGGCCUGGCAGCCAGAGGGCACACAAGCUCCAUUUUCUCUAAUCCCUGUCCCAACAGAGGUGGCCCUGCCCAUCGAGGGCCCGUGGCUCUGCUUCACCUGGCCUCCUGCCCAGAUGGUUCCUCCUUUGAUGGUGGUUGGCCCCACCACUGUGCCCACCCAAAUCUUCAGCCUGCCCCCUGGGCAGCUCCCAGUGGCCAUGCCGGUGCCUCUGUGCCCCACCUGGAUGCCUGUUGUGGCUCAGGCCUGGAACCCUUUCUACUACUGCUCAGGCAGCACCUCUUUCCCAAAAUCUCCAGCCAUUCUUUCCUGUAAUCCCCACCCCCUUCAGGUGUACCCCCAGAGGGCCCCAAAUAUGCACCCUAUUCAGACAGAUAGUGGCGGCCCUUUGGUCAGAAUACUGCAUGCCAAUAAAGAACCUGAAAACACGAGGGAUUUCCCACCCAGCACACGUCUUCAGCGUCUCCAUCCUGGGCUUGGCUGAGCAUUUGAGUCCCCUCAGGCAGCUGCUUGCUUGCAAAGUCAAGACAGAUAGCGACCCACCCCUGGC